CGACGCCUUCAAACGCGAAUCACACGCGUAUUGGUGAAAAUGUAACCGCGCUAUAAAUUAAUAUCAGCAUUAUCUGUGAUUAAUCGCUGUUAUCAAAAAAAAAUAAUUGAGAAGGAGAAGAAGAAGAAGAAGAGAUUUCUCAGUGAGAAAAAAAAAUUAAAAAAAAAUCAAUGACUUACAAAACGUGUCAAAGUGAACGAUAAUUAUUUUAACGAAAGUGAAUUUUUUUUUUCAUUCAUUCAAAAGAAAACUGAAACAAAAAUGUAAACAUACAGGAAAUGAUAAUUGCUCAGCACUAUUAACAUCUAUUAAAUUCUGUGCCAAUUAUCAAGGGGAGAGAUUUUCAUCAUCUGCGCUUUUCAUCAAUUUCAACAAAUUAAAGAUGAAGCUACACGAGAAAAAGGAGUCGGCUAUUCAUAAAGUGCAGGAGGUCGCACUAAAGGAAGUGAAUCUAACAAUGGAAUACGAUGUUGAGAAGAAUCUUGGCGAAGGUAGUUUCGCAAAAGUAUUACUCGCAACACAUAGAAAGACCCAAACAAAAGUUGUUCUAAAAGCCGUUCAUCGUGAAUUAACAACGGAAAAGGAAUUUUUCCGUGAAUUCCACUAUUCCUAUCAUUUAAGUCCCCAUCCAAAUAUUCUCAGUUCAUAUGCAGUGGCCUUUAGAGCGGAGAAUUGUUACGUUUUCGCUCAGGAAUAUGCAACAUACGGGGAUUUAGCCGGUAAUGUUAAAGCCGGUGGUUUAAGUGAGGAUGUCUGUAAGAAAAUUGCAUCACAAUUAUCAUCAGCACUUGAUUUUCUUCAUUCAAAACAAUUGGCACAUCGCGAUGUUAAAUUAGAAAAUAUCCUCGUCUUCACACAGGAUAUGUCAAAAAUAAAACUCUGCGAUUUUGGUUGUACAAAACGUGAGGGUACACUCGUUAAUAAAAUCACUUGCACAUGGGUACAAUUCCUCCCACCCGAAAUACACGAGGUGAUAAAAAAUGAACGCUACACAUGUAAACGUAGCGCCGAUUGCUGGCAAUUUGGCAUUGUUCUAUUUGUCUGCUUAACUGGUAAUCCACCAUGGCAAAGUGCAGUACCAAUUCAAGAUCCUGAUUAUUCAUCAUUUCAACGUUGGCUCAAGACACGACUCAAUGUUCCAUCGACAUUUAGACGUUUUACACCGCGACUAUUGCGUUUCUUUAGGCGUGUCUUUGAGCAUAAACCUGAUAAAAGGCCGCAAGUGACGGAAAUUAAUAAAUACAUGAAGGACGCGUGGUUUGUGAAUAAAAUUAAUCACAGUGCAACAUCGACGUCAGUUGAUGUUAGCGAUAGUUUUAUGAAGAAGGGCGACAGUUUAAUGUAUCUCGAUACAAUAAUUGACGAUCGUCAUUAUGUCGAUGAGAAUAAAAAUAAAUUACGAAAGCUCCUCAGUAGUUAUGGCCUUGAAACAACAGUCGAUCAGAAAGUUGUGACCAAACGAAUUUGGGAAUGGGUGAUGCAAUGCGAAACUCAUGUGGGUGAAACGGGACUAAUCAGUGGAUUCGGCACUGAUACCAUGUGAAAUAUAGUCAAGUCAUCGAGUGAACCAUGUCUGAAGAGAACAUUUCAAGAACGAAAUCACGUGGGCAAUGGCCUACGCUGUUCAUUUAUUGCCAAAUAAUUAAAAUAAUCAAGAACCAAGUGUUACUGUGAUCUCUAAUUUUAUGUUUAAUUGUAAUAUUAUAAUUAUCAACAUAAUUAUCAUUACCAUAAUUAUCAUCAUCAUUAUUAUCAUUAUUAUCAUCAUCAUUCUUAUCAUCAUCAUCAUCAUCAUAAUUGCCAUCAUCAUAAUUGUCAUCUUUCUUAACAUCAUCAUCUUUCUUAUCAUAUGAUAAGAAAGAUGAUGAUGUUCAUUAUCAUCUUUCUAAUCGUAUGAUAAGAAAGAUGAUGAUAUUUUUACAGUUCUCUUGAAAGUAUCAAAUUGACACUAAACUGGAUCAAAUUAAUACAAAAAAUAAUAUUAAUAUUUAAUUAAUAUUAAUAUUUUAUUUAAUCUACAUAUUUGGUAUCAAUUCGUUGAAAUUUGAUCAUGUUUUCUACAGAUAUCAAAUUGAGACAAAAAAACGUAUAAAAACAGUUGCGAAGCAACGUUUUCAUACUUUUUUUGUCUGAAUUUGAUAUCUGCAGAAAAACUAAUAUUUUUAAGUAAACAGUGAUUAUAAUUCUCAUCAUCAUUGUCAUCAAUAUUACCAUUAAAAUAAGUACCAUCAAACUUCUUUAUUCUCACAUCAAGAAGAAAUUCACGCAUUUAAAAAAAAAUUUUCCUUUACAUUUUUUUUUUAUAUAUUUUAUUUUUAAAUAUUUCUUAUGCCUAAGGUGAAAAAUACAUAUUUUCUCGAACGACUAAAUUUAUCAUUCUCUAACUCUCUAAAUCUAAGAUUGAGUAAAAAUUGAGCCACUUAUUUACUUUAUACUAGAGUUGUGCAAAAA